AUGAAUGGGGCGAAGUUGGCGCCUAACAUUAUAAGCUACAGCGCCGGAAUCAGCGCUUGCGAGAAAGGAAGGCAGUGGCAGAUGGCGUUGUCGUUGUCCAGCCGUCUGCACGAGCAAGGGUUGGCCCAUAACGCAUUCAGCUACAGUUCUGCAAUCUCGGCUUGUAAGAGAAGUGGAAAAUGGGAAUGGGCAUUGCGGUUGUUCGGCGAGUUCUGGCAUCAGAAGCUCGAACCAGACACGUACAUCUAUUGCACUGGAAUCAGCACGUACGGGGAAGGGGUGCAAUGGCAGCAGGCGUUGUCUUUGUUUCGCGAUUUUACACAGACAUCGCUUGGCAUGGACGCCUCCUGCCUUACUGAGGCCAUCAGCGCCUGCGGGAAGUGCGGGCGAUGGCAGCAGGCCCUGUCGUUGCUGAGCGACGCUUGGGAGGCGAAGGUUGACCUGGACACUAUCCAUCUGUCCGCCGGGCUCAGCGCGUGUGGAGAAGGGGGUGAGUGGCAGCGUGCGCUCUCGUUGAUCGGCCAAUUCAGGGUGGCGGGACUGAAGCUGGACGUCGGUGGCUUCAACGCCUUGAUCGCCGCGUGUGCGGCGUGCGGACGGUGGCAGCAGGCGCUGUCCUUGUUCGACGAGAUGCGAUGCUCGAAGUUGAUGCCGGAUGCCUGGAGUUACUGUGCCGGAAUCGACGCGUGCGCGGAAGAUGGUCAAUGGCAGCAGGUUCUGUCGAUGUUUAGUGAGUUCGAGGUUUCGAAGUUGGAGCCGAGCAUCAUCGCGUUCAACGCUGGGAUCAGCGUGUGUGCGAAGGGAAGGCAGUGGCAGCAGGCGUUGUUGCUGCUCGGGCGGGCGAGGGAGGAGAGGUUGGAGCCGAAUGCGAUCGAUUCACUUACAACGCUGGAAUCAGUGCUUGCGUGGGAGACGGGCAGUGGCAGCAGGCAUUGA